GGUUGGCACCAGAAGUCCAGAGUAGGAGCGAACACACUGCAGUUCGGUAAUGAUGGGUACUAAACUGACUCAACUUUUAAUUUGCUUUUGGAUAACUUUACCAUUCUGUGUCAUGCAAAAAGCCAAAGAAAGGAUACCCCGGCAAAGAGACGCAGAGUUUACUGACAAGUACCAGACAUGCACGCAGGGUGUCCCUGGAGUACAGGGCAGAGAUGGGAAUCCAGGGAUAAAUGGCAUUCCAGGAACACCAGGAAUCCCUGGGCGAGACGGGCUUAAAGGCGAGAAAGGAGAGUGUGUGUCGGAGAGGUUUGAGGAACCCUGGAAGCCCAACUUUAAACAGUGCGCUUGGAAUUCUUUAAAUUAUGGCAUUGAUCUGGGCAAAAUUGCUGAGUGCACAUUCACCAAGCAGCGUUCAGACAGUGCUCUGCGUGUGCUGUUCAGUGGAUCUCUCAGACUCAAGUGUAAGACGGCCUGCUGUCAGCGCUGGUACUUCACUUUCAACGGGGCAGAAUGCACUGGCCCGUUACCCAUAGAAUCCAUCGUUUACCUGGACCAGGGCAGCCCUGAACUCAACUCCACCAUCAACAUCCACAGAACAUCCACAGUGGAGGGGCUCUGUGAGGGCAUUCAUGCUGGUCUGGUGGAUGUCGGGAUAUGGGUGGGCACCUGUGCCGAUUACCCUCGUGGUGAUGCGUCUACAGGAUGGAACUCUGUGUCCAGGGUGAUCAUUGAAGAGCUUCCAAAAUGAGCAUCACCAUGGCAACAGAAAACAUCGACAUUGUGUUCCUGCCACAGAAAGACCUUCCUCAUAGAAAUGGGGCAAAUUAAAGCUAAUGGUGUUACACUGAGUCUGUGCGGCUCUCAUGUUGAAUAAGAUUAUGAUUCUCCGGCUCAGUAAUGUGACAAUUAAGAGGCUUCAGUGUCCUUCAUUUAGAAAGUACUGUUAAAUACAAAAAACGUAGGUACCAUG